AUGCAAAGCCAAAAUGAAGAAAAAUCAGAAGAAGAAAUUACUAUUAUACCGGAUGAAAAAAUUGCUUAUGGAAGAAAAAGGAAAGUUGUUGAAAAUGAUGCGGAAGUAAUUGACAAAGCUGAAUUUGAGAAACAUGUGCAAAGUCAGAAACGAAAAAAAAGUGCCAAGCUUUCAUCAAGGAUUCAACCAACUAGAAAAAUGAAAACAAAGGAAGAAGAAGAUGAUGAUGAUGAUGACAAUGAUGAUCAACAUGAUAUUAAUGAUGAGAUGGAUGAACCAAAGUUGGAGGAGAAAGAUGAUAAAAGAAAUGGCAUGAAUGAUGAUAGUAAAAAGGUUCUAAAUUAUAUGCUAAUGUCAUAA